AUGGCGGACAACGACAUUGCCACGCGUGCGCCCGAGAGCGAUGCGCAGGAGACUUCCCAAGAGCAGCCCCAAGAGCCAAAGCCAGCAGAGGAGAGCGUCUUUCCUGGAGACACCAGAGCGCAACAAGGGCCAAGUAUGGGUGAACACUGCACAACAGAUCGUCCUACCCCUUCUGGCGAGAAGCCCACCGGUGACCUUACGAAACUAGGCGGCGUUGAUUGCUACAUCGCGAAACCGGCCGACUACCCACAUUCACCCUCGAAGCUUCUACUUAUGCUCACCGGCGGCACAGGCGUCAAGUCUACCAACAACCAGUUGCAGGCUGACAAGUACGCAUCGGAAGGUUACCUGGUCGUCAUGCCUGACCAAUUCGACAACGACCCAGCGCCGAAUACUGUUGAUAUGACAGAAAUUCCAAAGGAAGCGUCGUGGCUAGAGUCAGUGAAGCUGAGGACUGCCGAGGGUAUCAAGUCAUUCAUGAUCGACAUGUGGCUUGCUCGUCAUACCCCAGAGAAGGUCCUUCCGCUACUUCACAAAGUUGUCGAGGGUGCAAGGGAAGAGUAUGCCGACGCUGUUGCCAACGGUGGAGGCAUGUACGGUGUUGGCUACUGCUUCGGCGCCAAAUACAUCCUUAUGUUGGCCUCAGAGCUGCCCGACACCGUCGCCUGGGGUCAAGAAGCACAGAAAGAUGUAGAGCAAGGCACGGUCAAGAAAGAGCCGGUUCUCAGAGCUGGUGCGGUUGCACACCCAACCAUGACAUACAAAGAGGACCUUGAAGCUGUCAAGUCUCCCGUCUACAUUGCCGCUGUCAAGGAUGAUCCCAUGUUCUCCGAGGACGAGGCAUUGACACCUGGACGAAGAGCCAUGGAAAACAACAAAAUCGAGCAUGAGAUACAAGUCUUUUCCGACGUGCCUCAUGGCUUCGCCGUCUAUGGAGAUUACGAGGACUCCAAGAUCAAGCAGUCACAAGCACAAGCUUUCAGUCAGAUGCUGGGUUGGAUACAGUCUCACUAG